CGCCCCCGCCCCCGCCCCGCCUCCUUUCUGACCCCUCGGUCCCAGGCCCGGCUCCGCGCCCGCCUCGCACCCCGCCCGCGGCAGCCCGCGGUCGUCCUGGCCGGUACUGCGGCCCCGCCGCCGCCACCAUGUCCCUGCACGGCAAACGGAAGGAGAUCUACAAGUAUGAAGCGCCCUGGACCGUCUACGCCAUGAACUGGAGCGUGCGGCCGGACAAGCGCUUUCGCCUGGCGCUGGGCAGCUUCGUGGAGGAGUACAACAACAAGGUUCAGCUUGUUGGUUUAGAUGAAGAAAGUUCGGAGUUUAUUUGCCGAAACACCUUUGACCAUCCUUAUCCCACCACAAAGCUCAUGUGGAUCCCUGACACAAAAGGCGUCUAUCCAGACCUCCUGGCAACAAGUGGUGACUAUCUUCGUGUGUGGAGGGUUGGUGAAACAGAGACCAGGCUGGAAUGUUUGUUAAACAAUAACAAGAAUUCGGAUUUCUGUGCUCCACUGACUUCUUUUGACUGGAAUGAGGUGGAUCCUUAUCUUUUGGGUACCUCCAGCAUUGAUACAACUUGUACCAUCUGGGGGCUGGAGACAGGGCAGGUGUUGGGGCGAGUGAAUCUUGUGUCUGGCCAUGUGAAGACCCAACUGAUCGCCCACGACAAAGAGGUCUAUGAUAUCGCGUUUAGUCGGGCUGGGGGUGGCAGAGACAUGUUUGCCUCUGUGGGCGCUGAUGGCUCCGUGCGGAUGUUUGACCUCCGCCAUCUAGAACACAGCACCAUCAUUUACGAAGACCCACAGCAUCACCCGCUGCUUCGCCUCUGCUGGAACAAGCAGGACCCUAACUACCUGGCCACCAUGGCCAUGGAUGGAAUGGAAGUAGUGAUUCUGGACGUCCGAGUUCCCUGCACACCUGUUGCCAGGUUAAACAACCACCGAGCGUGUGUCAAUGGCAUUGCUUGGGCCCCACAUUCAUCCUGCCACAUCUGUACUGCAGCGGAUGACCACCAGGCUCUCAUCUGGGAUAUCCAGCAGAUGCCCCGGGCCAUUGAGGACCCCAUCCUGGCCUACACAGCUGAAGGAGAGAUCAACAAUGUACAGUGGGCAUCGACUCAGCCCGACUGGAUUGCCAUCUGCUACAACAACUGUCUGGAGAUACUCAGAGUGUAGUGCUGGUGGCGCCAUGCCCACGAGGCAGGGGUCUGUGUGUUGCCCACCUCUGGCCCGCCCCCAAAGUAAGAAGAAAAAUGUUCCAGUGGCCAGUAUGUCUUUCAUUGCUUUGCACCCACUGUUACCAGAAGCUGCUCUAGGAGUUCCUGGCCAGUCACCCCAUCGCUGUCUGUGCCAGAUGCAGUGCUGUGUGGCACCUCCUCAGCCCAGGGUUGAGUUUUAAGAUUUUUCUCUCCUUUACUCUUUGAUUCUUCAAUUAAAUUUCUGUACAUUUGUUUGUCAGCUGUUGUAUUAAUGAGCAUCACAGGCACUGGCUCUUUAGGUAUUCAUCUGCCCCAGAUGUCUCUGUCUGUCUGCUGCCCAAGGCAGCAAUCUGUGUCCGUGUCCAUGUUAGCAUUUAAGUGGGAACACAUACCAAUUUGAAGUUGUCUUUCCUCCUAUUAUCAAUGUCUUUAACAAAUUUCAACUUUGUAUAUUUUUUAUCAGGCUAAAUUUUUUAUGAAAGGAAAUUUACUCUUCCUGGUUUCUUCCUGUUUCAUAGUCCUCCCUAUAGGACCUUCCUCUCUUCCCUCAGUGCCCACGUCUGGCACUGAGUCAUCAACCCUGUUAGCAGUUUGCCUUCUUGAAUCACUGUCUGAGUGGAAUGCACCUGACCAGGAGCCCUAAACUGCCCUGGUGCUCUGAAGUCAGCCACCUCUCACUUUUUCACAGCCUGGCUCUUCUCAAGGGCAUUCUGGGCUCCAAAACAGACGAGUAAUGCCUCCCUCCUGUUACUCCCCAAAGUACCUCCCUCCAACCCCACCGGAACCUAUUGGGAAUGUGUUAGAGCUGAGAUAGUCUGAGUGGGGUGCUUGACUCGAGGGGAAUUGUUUCAGGAAAGCUGAGCUUAGAGCGAAUUUCCAGUACAUAGUUUCAGAGUCUGCUUUAACCUCCAAAUAAGCCUCAGGCCAUUCUCUUUCAUGUCUUGGAUGAUAACCAAGAAUGAUCUAUAAGCUGAAUUUCAGUAUCUCUGUUUAGUUUACUGUGACUGGUGGUAUAUUGACCACCCUUUGGAUUGAGUGCUCCAAGGUCCUGCUUGAGAGGCACUCAAUCUGUGUGUCUCACCCUGAACAAGAUCUCUAUGAUGUGGAAGACUGUCAGCUCUUGUAAGGGGUGGACUAAUAGGCUGUCAAGUAAAUAGAUAGCUACAGAAGAUUCAGAGACCCCAGGGUCAGCCAGGUAAUAGCUCUGCCUACACCUGUGAACAGCCGUGCCCCCAGGGUAGGAUUUGAGCAGUACUGGACUUGGAGGCUGCAGGGGUCUGUUUCCGUUACAGUGAAUGAGUCCAUGCAGGGGCCUUGUGUGUGAUUCCAAUGGUAGAUGAGUCCUUGGGCAGUCAGUUUGGGACGUGCUCAUAGUGGGGGGAGGUGGGGUGUUUGGUUUGUUGUGCUCUACCAAGUUCUGAGGUUUCUGAGCCCCUCUGAAUUGCACAUCUAAGAGUAGGAGAUAGCAGACCUGAAGGCUGAUGGUUUUGUCUACUCAGACUCUUACCUGCUCUUGAGAAACAGAACAGUUUGUUUUGUUUUUCUGGGCCCUUAAACUCUUUAGGUUGAGUCUUCCUUUUCAGAAGCAGAUCUAUUUGUGUCCCCAAAGUCCUCACUCUUUCCCUUUACUACACAGGAGCUUGUUCCAAAGAAAAAGUUUCCUAUUUUUAGUUGGGGUAUUUUCCCUUCCACCUUUUUAUUUUCUUACUCUGAUUUUGGGGCUCUUCAGCCAUCUGCUUGAUGUUGACUCUGCUGCAUUUACCACCAGAUUUGCACUUUGUUAUUCGGGGAUGUAAAGUGAGUGGAUCUUGGUCAGAACCCGCUUCUCCUUGUAAUGGUGUUUGAUGAUUCCAGGGCCCUUCUCUCAACCGUAGCAAGUUUGAGUUGUUGGGGGCUGCUUGCUCUAGGAGGACAUCAGAUCCUUCCCCUAGAAGAUGUCUGAGCUAGAGGUCGGACUGGUAGGAGGGGCUGUCCUGCUGGGGCAAGGCUUUACUCCACUGAGUUCUGAGUUAAGAUUGCUUUCCUUUUCUGCACUUAAACUUGGCCUGAAUAGUGAGAUUUGUCAACUGGAACUUGGAAAUAACCUGAGGAGGGAGGAUUAGUCAAUAGUAAUUAGAAUAUAUGUGCAUAAAGUUGCUAUUUAUUCUAGAAACUAAUAGCUUUUGAUGUUUUUUCCCCUUGCCUUGUGGAUUCCCAGCUCUAUCACCCCUGCGUAGGCCCUUCAGUGUGGUCCUCUUCCUCCUGGCAGCCCACCUGGAAUCCCGGUGAGAUUCCCCAGUCUCCCUAAGCAGAUACACACAUACAGUUCUGCAAUGCUGAUAUUUUGAAGUCCUAGCUCUCCUAUUCUUUGUUUAUGCCACAGACAAGGUGGCUUCAUGGCUGAAGAGGGGAUUUCUGUAGUCUUAGGAUUUAGAAAGCCACUUAACCAGCUGUGCUCCAGUAAGCAGAGAUCUGUUGUAGUUUUAAAACCAAGUGUCUGUUUAAUAUGCUUAGGUUCUCAAAUCAACAGCUAGCAACGACGGGUGGGAGGUCCUGGAUCUUCUCUCCUUCAGUGUGAGAAGAGCAGCUGCCAGGACUUCACUGGGAAGGCUGCAGAGCGACCCCUCUGGGCUCCCUUUGACGUAGUCUUCGACCCCUGAGCCAAAGCUGUUGUCCUUGUCUGCUCUGAGGUGCUGAGUAAAUCAAGGCUGAGGUUCUGCAACAGAGAAUCGUGAAUGGGUACAACUCCUUCAAGAGUCUGAGUAUUUACACCCAGGAAUAGUGGACCCCUUCCAGGGAGGAAGCAGGCUGCAAGAUGAGGACUUGAAGAGGAAAGGUAUUUGAAAACUGGGUGGUAAUUUAUCAGAACCAGGAUUGGCUCCCAGAACUGGUUAAGAUUUGGGAAGAAAACCAAAAAAAUUGGGAUUCCUACCAGGUUUUGGUGAUAGUUGUGGCUGAAAUUGUAGGAAGAGAUUUAGGAUGUGGGAGAAAAUUGGUCGUGUUUCUCUAGAUCAAAGGAGAAAAUACUAGAAGGCAGUAAAGGUCUUAGGUGGGGAAGCAUUCAGACUGUCCAUUGUAUGUGGCCAUGGUGGGAGACCAUGCCCUCAGCCUGUGUCAGCCUUCCUGGACCAUCAGGUGUCUGUGAUGCUUGUUAAGUGGGGACAGGAUGACAGCUCACGGCAGAGGAGCCCCUUCCCGCAGCCGUGUGGCCAUAGGUGAUGUUUGCUGGUGUCAUGAGUCAUAUGACUGUCACAGAUGGGGGCUCUUGGUUGUAGGCUUGUACAGAGAAGCAGCAGAGGUUUUAGUCAUGCCUGCUCUCCCCCCUCCCUUUUCUUUCUCUUCCUUUCCCACUCCCUUUCCACUGUAGAACUUUCUCCCUGCUGCAGCCUGGGCCUUGGAUUCCCCAGUUGUAAGGACAGGUAGGAGCUGCUGGGUUUACCACACAUGGAAGGCCAGCCCAGAACCAUCCCUCCACCUGCCCAAGUUGGAGAAUAUGGCAGCCCCUUAGACCACCUGGCUUGGGGUUAUGGCGACUGUUGAAGUAGAAACCUUAAAGCAGACUCUUCCUUUACUCUGUGUCCUCCAGGAUGAGGAAAGUGGGUCAUGCUUGGCACUUAAAGUGGGUUUUCUCUGGGAGGAAAGCUGAGCUGAGCAGUGGCUGUGAGCCUAGGCGAGGCUCUACCAGGAGCUCUCUGUGCCGGGUGGGCCAGCUGCCGAGGGGCUGUGGCGUUGCCGAGCCUUGCUGCCCCUCCCACCUGUACCCUCUUCUGCCACAGUUGUCAUUGCUGCUAAUGGCCAACGUCAGAUAUGUUGGCACACAGUAGAGGCCAAGUCCUCUCAGGCUCCUUGCUGAAUGCUCUUUUAAGUAUGGAAACCCAAAGAGGCCUGGACUAGGAACAGAUAAGCUGAUCAAAGUGCAAACGCGAGAAGAAAGGUGUUGGCGGUCUGUGUAACAGCUGGAAAACUUACAAGUACCCACCUGUGGGACAACCCAGUGAAUAUGAACUUGUGAAACCUGACAUUUAAAAGAAAUGUUCUCACCUUGGGUUGAUUGUGGAUUUACAGUGUGUUAUGAAACUUGUUGAGCUAAAGCUUUGAAUUGCUUGAGUCGAGUAUGAAUCAUUUGCUUUGGUUCCUAUGUGUUUUAUGACCCCUCUGUCAAUGAUUUUCCAUCCUUCCCCACCAAGUGAGAAUUUGUAGCAUGAUUGUACAAACCUCAAUGUAGAAAAUGGAGAUUUCUUGUUCUCUGAAAUGUUAAGCUUUAGCCAACCAAUUUCUGUCCCCUUUAGCCUAGUGUGUCUGAACUUAAUUUCUUGUUAUAUUUGGAUUUUCCUCUAUUAUAGGUUUUGUGGCAUCCUGUGGUCAGGUGGAGAGGAAGCUACCCCUUGCAGAACUGUACUGUAACCAUUUUUCUUUUAAAAACAUUAUUUUCACAGGACAGAUUGUACACAGGGCUUAUAAUAAACUUUUAACACUGUGCUACAAAACCACGAUGGUAAAUCUCCAUCAAAGGCUACUUCAAAGGCACCUGAAAGUGCAGUGUUAUAUCUGACUUUAUUUCUUGCUUCCUGAGUAUAUUAAACCUAAUUUUCACCCUUUCAUUCUGUUUCAGCCUCCUGUAUAAGAAGUACCAUAUUUUCUGCCCAUCAUACUUUGUAAUAAAACUUGAACAUGUA